AUGGAGCACAACUUGUGCGGGCUGGAACACAACGUUCAGGGCGCCACCUGCGGCCCCAUGGGGCCGACGUCCGUCUACGAUUGCCCGAACUGGUUCAAGAAACUCUGGAACGACCAGGUGGAGUGGAUGGAAACGCACCUGCGGAAUUCGGACGCUACAUGGCAGGUCGUCGUGACGCAUUUCCCGCCCUUGUUCGGCAAGAAGGAGUGGACCCGUCUUGCCAAGAAGUACGGCAUCGACCUGAUCGUGUCGGGUCACCGCCAUAUGCAGGAGGUCCACUCGCCGGAGGAGGAUCGAGACGAACUUCCUGAAGCCGACCACGUGGGUCGUCUCUGGGGGCGGUGGCGGCAUCACGUCCGAGGAUGGGACUCCGACACCUUCGGGCGAUGA